CAACAAAGAAAACAAAACCUUUCUUUCUUGGCAGAUAAUUCGAGCAGAAAAUGGGCCGUCUCGACUCCACCCCACCUCCUCAAUCCUCCGAUCAAACACCACCACAAGGCUAUCCAAACCACCAUUAUGACCACCCACCACCAUCACCACCACCACCACCACCACCUCCACCACAAAAAGAAGCUUCUAUGGCUGAUAAUGUUCAGAACAACAUCCAUCAACAUAGAUCCUUUAUACCUGAAUCGGCGGAAAACAUGCCACCUCCUGAAAGUUACCCGCCUGGAAAACCAGCAAUAUACCCACCUCAACAGCAACCGACAGCGUACCCACCUCCACCGCCGGAGCCUGUUGCGUUCCCACCUCAGCAGAAUUACAACUAUAAUAACGCUUAUAAUGCUCAGCCACAAUCGGUGAACUACCAAGCGCAGACUGUGUAUCAGACGCCGGAGAAAAUGGGUCCAUCAAGUGGGAUUGCUAUCGGAACUCAAUACCUUGCUCCCACUCAGGGAUGGAGGACUGGUCUCUUCGACUGUGCUGAGGAUCCUGAAAAUGCUCUCAUAACGGCAUGUUUCCCGUGCAUCACUUUCGGACAGAUUGCAGAGAUCGUUGACAAUGGCCAAACCUCGUGUUUGACGAGUGGACUUAUUUAUGGUCUAAUCGCGGCGUUUAUCGGGUGUCCUUGCAUUAUGUCAUGCGGGUACCGCACCAAGAUCAGGAACCGUUUCGGCUUGAUAGAGACUCCGGCCCCAGAUUGGGCGAUGCACUGCUUUUGCGAAUGGUGUUCCCUUUGUCAAGAAUACCGAGAACUUAAAGCACAAGGCUUGGACCCUGCUAUAGGUUGGCAUGGAACUAUGGCGAGAAACCAACAGCAAAUGCAGCAGUAUCCGACAACGACUCCCCCAAUGAACCAAACUAUGAUGUGAUGGAUUGAUCAUAUAUAUAUAUAUAUGAUUUAUAUAUAAUUUGAAUAUUAUUGUUUCUCUUUUUCUACAUUUUUAUUCAAUGUAUUUCUUUUUGAAUAAAUUCAUUCAUAUAUAAGACUUGC